CUGGCGUCCCACAGCUGCGGUGUUCCCUCGCCAAUGAGAAUGCAAAGUGCCAUGUUCCUGGCCGUCCAGCACGACUGCGCACCCAUGGACAAGAGCGCGGGCAGCGGUCCCAAGGCCGAGGAGAAGCGCGAGAAGAUGAAGCGCACGAUUUUAAAAGAUUGGAAGACCCGUUUGAGCUACUUCUUGCAAAACUCCUCCACUCCUGGGAAACUCAAAACUGGCAAGAAAAGCAAACAGCAAACUUUCAUCAAGCCUUCUCCUGAAGAAGCUCUGCUGUGGUCAGAAGCCUUUGACGAGCUGCUGGCCAGUAAAUAUGGUCUUGCUGCAUUCAGGGCUUUUUUAAAAUCUGAGUUCUGUGAAGAAAAUAUUGAAUUCUGGUUGGCUUGUGAAGACUUUAAAAAGACCAAAUCACCCCAAAAGCUAUCAUCAAAAGCCAGGAAAAUAUAUACUGACUUCAUAGAAAAGGAAGCUCCCAAAGAGAUAAACAUAGACUUUCAAACCAAAACUCUGAUUGCCCAGAAUAUCCAAGAAGUGACAAGUGGCUGCUUCACAACUGCUCAGAAAAGAGUGUACAGCUUGAUGGAGAACAACUCUUACCCUCGUUUCUUGGAGUCAGAAUUCUACCAGGAGUUGUGUAAAAAGCCACAGAUCACCAUGGAGCCCCAUGCAACAUGAGAUGAGGGAACGCAAAAUAGAGGACAUUUCAUUCUCCCAAGAGGGAAGGCUGUGACCUGCCAAAAAGACUGACCUUGAAUUCAGCCUGGGUGUUGGGGAAACAUCACUCAGAACUAUUGAUUCAAAGUUGGCUAGUGAAUCAGGAAGCCAAGGAUGGAAGGAGAAGCCAUGUCAGAAGAGCUUCCCCUAGUGUGUGAAGGACGUAGGGAGUGGACAGUGGUCUGAACGAGCUGUCCCUCACUGUAAGAGCAGGAGUGUAAGACGAAAGAUACAAUGUAAUACUGUUGGUCCAAAAGUAUUUACAAUCAAUAGAUCUGGGAUUAUGUGGCCUUAGCGAGCUGGCUGUACAUCUUUCCCUAAAUCAGUCCAUGUUACCAACUAGUGGUUUUAGCUCUAGUUUUAGUUUUUAGUACUAACUAACGUUAAAAUGUUUACUGUGUGCAAGGGUAUUGAAGUUCUUAGGAUUUCAAAUCAUUAGAACUAUUGUCUCGUGUCAUUGAAAUGGAAAAGGUCUGUCUGAAUUGUGAAAUGGAAUGAGUGAGGUUGUGUAGAAAACCAGUGUAUGUUAAGCGUGCCAAAAACUGUCUUGCAGGCAGCUAAACUUUGAAAUGGUCUUUGAAUUCUUUUAAUAAAUUUAUUUUGAUAAAUAAUGUCAUUCAUUGAA